AUGCGAUCAGGCAAGAUGCGACCAUGGGAUGUAGUCGAGACGCUUUCAUGGCAACACUUUCAUAGCUGGGUAGAGAGCGAAAUGAAUGAGACAUUCUUCACGAGUGAACAUCCGCGUCUCACGAAGCAUUUUGUGCGAACCAUUGAUUCAUUGGCACCUGAAUAA